AUGAUAACAGAUUACAGAUUGCAACAAGGACAUGAGUUCGAUGGGAAUAAUGUACAAAUCUUAGAUGAAGAACAGUGUUAUGGGAAACCUGACUCGAAUGAAUAUUUUGUUGCUAAUAAGAAUGAAUUGAAUAAAGAAGAGGAAGCAGAAGCAGUAGUAAUAGUAGAAAAAGAAAAAGAAAAAGAAGAAAACAUGUUAUCCGAUAACUCAGAAACAAAGAAACCGCCUCCUAAUUGGUUCAUUGUGCAAGAAGUAAUAAAUCGACAAAUUGGUAGUAAUUCGUUAUUCCAAAGAAGAUUUUAUAGUUCUUUACAUGCAGUAAAUCGACUGGAGUUUAAGUACAAACUCUGUGAUCUUGAGGAUUCUGUGAGAGCCUUAAGUUUCAAUCAAAAAGGAAAUUUAUUAGUAAGAGCCUCUCCGCAGACAGUUUCUAUUUGGGAUUGGGCUGCAAGGAAACAGCGUUGUUGCAUUUCAAGUGGCCAUAACUACCUAGAAAAGGCCAUAUGGCUGCUUUUAGAUAAAGAAAAUUUUAUGGUUACUUCUGGUUGGGAUGGUUGUAUACGUUUAUUAGAUCUUGAAUACAACUCAUCGAAACAAUUGAUGCACUGUGAUUCAUCCAGUCUUGAUCCGGAACGUAUAAAUCUUUAUCUGAAUAUCUGGUCAUUGGCUGUGCAUCCUGAAAUACCCUAUGUCGUGUUUUCUGCUGGAAACGAUUCGAUUUUAUCCAUAGAUAUCCGGGAGGAUACACCAAAUAAUGAAUUUUGUGUCGGCGGUCAUUUUCCCUGCAUAAGGGUGUAUGAUCAGCGAAAUAUUUCGAACCCACUUUAUCAAUUGUGGACGACCAAGUAUAACAGGAAGGAUCAUGACGCCUUUGCAAUAGUCACCAAGUAUAAUCACGAUGGGACAGAGAUUCUCACAUUGUGUAAUUGCUCCGAAAUAUUAUUAUUUGAGAAAUCAAUGUGGUCAUGUGAAGGAAAUUCGAAUCAUACAUUAUUUGAACGCUCUCAAUUUAGUUCUGUACCUGGUGAGAUAGACAAGAGACAUGUGGAUACUCAUCAUUGCUUAGGUCAUCCCCAUAUUCCUAUCCUUGCAACGGCAAGUGAGUCCAAUAUUCUGAUAUGGAUGCCUUCGAGCAAUAAAGAUCCAACAGAAUCAACAUUUAAGACUUAUCUACAUGAAGAUUUCUACAAGUUAAAGUAUGCUACCGACGAUGAGUACAAUGAUAGCGAUUUUUCCAGCUAUUCCUACAGUCAGUCGGAAGAUAUUCACGUUCGGGGUGCCAGUGAAUCGCCCUGA